UUUACCAUUAUUUUAGUAUGCCAUACAUGGAAUCUAUUGUUUUGGAAAUGCUACGAUUGGCAAUGGGUCGCACAAUUAAUAUUCCUCACAGAGCGCUAAGAGACGGUACAAUUCAAGGCUACCACGUACCUAAGAACACUAUAUUACUUGUAAACUUCCAUCACCUGCUUAUGAGCUCUACAUAUUGGGAUGAACCGGAGCUUUUUAAACCAGAGCGUUUUAUAAAUGCAGAUAAUAAAGUGACCAUACCAGACAUCUUCAAACCCUUUGGAUUUGGUUUGUACAAAGUCUCUUAUGUUUGUGUAGUAAAAUCCUUUUGUGAGUGGUUGAAUGGCAUUUACAUUUGGUAA